CCCAGCUGCAUCCAUCCCAGCUCCACUGCACCAUGUGCAGCCUCGGGGUCGGCCGCUGGCCCCUCAUCCUGGUCCACGUGCUUCUCCUGAAAACUCAGCCCGCUAAGGUGCAAGGAGUCGAUCCUGCAUCCCCGAAACUACGACGACUCAACGAACAGUUCCAGCAGUUCCAGGCGCUGACCCAGGCCCGCUUGGACAUGUUGGCCCUGAACCAGAACAGAAACUCCUCGUGGGGGCUGGAGAGCCGCGUUCAGGCCCUGAGUGACAACUGGCAGCGCGUGUCACAGGACCUUGAACACUUCAAGCAGAGCACAGCGCAGGAGAUAGAAGGUCUCAGAGAGUGGAGUAGGAAGCUGGAGAAAAAGAGUAAACGGAUGGAGGGUCGUCUGGCUUUGAUGGAGAGGAACCUGAGGGAGAACCGCCGACACGCCCAGAAACAGAAGCCUGAUCCUGGUCCGGAUUUCUCCAACCUCACCCAGGAGCUCCAGAGCCAAGACGAAAGGCUGGCCGCCCUGCAGGACCAGCGCGACGAGCUGCUCAUUGGGCUAAAAGGGUUGCAGGAAUCCCUGAAGAACCAGGCCCAGCACGUGACCCGGCUGGAGGGCCGGCUCGGUGAGGUGCUGCAGCAGAACGGAGGAGGUAAAGCCAGAGCGUUGUGGAGGACGGGAGAGCCCCUCAGCUCCUACGUCACUGCACCUCAGAGCCAGACACCGAGAGGAGAGAGGCCCGGGAGGAUCCUGGAUGCCAAACCCACAUCAGAAGGUGUCAGCUAUUCACAGACUGAUAAUCAAUCAAAGUCCACAGCGCAGAGCAGAAACCACCCGCAGCCUCGUCAGUACCAGGCAACAUCAAACCAGCCUAAACAGUCAAAGACCCAGAAGUCAAGACCUCAACCAGAAUCUCGUCAGCAGAUACAAGAUCAGUACUCAAAUCUUGAACCCCGAUCCACAGAUUAUCUGCGCCAGCCUGAUUCUUACCAUCCCCAGUCACAAAUCCAUCAGACCCGGGCCCAGAGGAAGUACCCGAUCCAGCAGGAGCAUCUCCAGUCGAACCAGACCGGGCAACAAUCCCAGCCUUGGUUGAACCGUCACCCCCAGUCACACAACCCCUCUUGGCCCCGGCCUCCGCCUCAUUCUGCACCGUCCCCUGAACCCACCAAAGACAGACACAGCGAGACCAGUCCGGGGUCUCCCCAGGCCCGGGUUCCAGAUGAUCUCCCACCUAAGUCUCAUCAAGACCGGGAGAGCAGCUGGGAUGGAGGAGAGGAGGAAGAAGGUGACUCAAAGGUAGAGUCUUCAGUGAUCCACAACUUCCUCCAACUUCCUGUGAGGCACAAGAUCCCGGCACGACCCGUUCCCAAGAAGGAUGCAACCAUCUGUAACGUGGACUCCAUGCUGUUCUUCCCCUCGGCCUCAGCGGAGAACUACGUGACCUUCUUCCGGUCUCUCCCCGACCUCCCUGAACUUUCUGUGUGCUUGUGGCUCCGCGUGGAGGCCUCCUACGUCGGCACUCUGCUCUCUUAUGCCACAGACGUCAACGACAACCAAUUAGUUCUGUACGGACGAAACUCCUCUGCCUCCUCUUUCUCUGCUUCGUCCUCAUCUUCCCGCCCCUCCUACGCAUCUUCUUCCUCGCCCUCCCUGGACUUUGUCAUCGGAGACCCCGUCUAUCGGCGUCUCUCUGCGUCGGCGCUCCUGGACGCUCGCUGGCACCACCUGUGCGCCCUCUGGUCCUCAAUCCAAGGUCGUUUCUGGCACUACAGUGACCGGCGGCUCACCUCCUCGGGCUCCAACUUCAGGAAGGGCUGGGAGAUUCCCGGCGGAGGAUCAGUGGUGCUGGGGCAGGAGCAGGACACUGUCGGUGGGGGGUUCGACCCUGCAGAGGGUUUUGUUGGGCAGGUGGCCGGGUUCAGGGUGUGGAGCCGGGUGCUGAGUCCUGCAGAGGUGGACGGGGUGGCAGAAGGAAGGGGUGUGCCCAGAGGGGUGGUGCUUGGCAUGGAGGACAUCAAGGAGGUGCAUGGGGAGGUGCAGCAGGUGGCAUGUGAAUGUUUGGAGCACUGUGUGUAAUAAAGUUACAGAGGAGGAUUCAAAUCAGGAGUUUUAUUCCAUCUGUUGCCUGCCUUUUAAAAUAAACACAUUCUAGAUUUUUUAUUAUAAAAAUAAAAACUGGAAUAUAAUACUCUG